UAGUGUAUCCGACCGCUAAGCAGCCAUUUUGAACGAAGAGGACUGACUGGGAAAUCAAAGAUAAAAAUUGGCCAAUUGAAGCAUUUCAAGGCACGUGGUUGCCUGGAAAUAAGCGUCUUUUGAUGCCAAAAUGUUUCCCAUUCCACCAGGUAUUACGAGAAUCAUGAACCAACAGUUGAGUUCAAAUGUGUAUAACGGCAAAAUUUUAGAUGGUCAGACACCAAUGUUUCCACCAUACACCCCACUCCAACCACUGCAGCCUGAAGCAGGAUUUGGCGAAAAUCAACCUGUUCCACCGAUUCCACCUGUGACUGGGACACCUCCCGAUGGUUCAGCACCAGUUCCACGCCUUGCUGACUUUGUCUGUCCCCCUCGGCCUAACCAUGGCACUGACGGCAAACCAAUCCUGCUUAAAGCAAAUCAUUUCCAAGUCCGCAUCCCAAAGGGCUUCAUACACCACUAUGACAUCUCUAUCACGCCUGACAAAUGUCCCCGCAGGGUCAACAGGGAAAUCAUUGAGACCAUGGUCAACUCGUACAGCCAGAAAAUCUUCCAGGGACAAAAACCUGUAUUUGAUGGCAGAAAGAAUCUUUAUAGCCGAGAGCCACUCCCCAUAGGCAGAGAAAAGGUGGAAUUAGAGGUAACUCUGCCCGGUGAGGGCAAAGAUAGGGUUUUCAAAGUUGCUAUAAAGUGGGUCGCACAAGUCAGCCUCUAUACUCUGGAAGAGGCUCUAGAAGGACGAUCGCGGCAAAUGCCAUUUGAGGCAAUUCAGGCUCUAGAUGUCGUAAUGAGGCACCUUCCAAGCAUGACCUAUACACCUGUGGGUCGAUCGUUUUUCUCCCCACCGGAGGGGUAUGACCAUCCCCUAGGAGGAGGUAGAGAGGUGUGGUUUGGUUUUCACCAAAGUGUCCGCCCAUCCCAUUGGAAAAUGAUGCUCAACAUUGAUGUGUCUGCCACGGCAUUCUAUAAGGCUCAGCCUGUUAUAGAAUUCCUAUGUGAGGUUUUGGAUAUCAAGGAUAUCAGUGAACAGAAGCGACCUUUAACUGACUCCCAAAGGGUCAAGUUCACUAAGGAAAUCAAAGGACUAAAAGUAGAAAUUACCCACUGUGGAACAAUGAAGAGAAAAUACAGGGUGUGUAAUGUCACACGAAGACCAGCACAAACUCAGUCAUUCCCUCUGCAGUUAGAUUCCGGCCAGACAGUGGAAUGCACAGUUGCCAGAUACUUCUUGGAAAGAUACAAGAUGAAACUCAUGUACCCUCAUUUACCAUGUUUACAAGUCGGACAAGAACAGAAACAUACCUACCUACCACUGGAGGUGUGCAAUGUUGUAGGAGGACAGAGGUGUAUCAAGAAGCUCACAGAUAUGCAGACAUCCACAAUGAUCAAGGCCACAGCUAGAUCUGCCCCUGACAGAGAAAAGGAGAUCAAUAAUCUUGUACAAAAAGCUGAUUUCAACCAAGAUCCCUACCUGCAAACCUUCGGGAUUAGUGUCAACUACCAAAUGACGGAGGUCAGGGGUCGCGUGCUGCCACCUCCAAGGAUAGAGUACGGCGGCAGGCAGACAAAGGCCCAGGCCGUACCCAACCAAGGUGUAUGGGACAUGCGAGGCAAACAGUUCUUCUCUGGAAUAGAGAUCCGAGUCUGGGCAAUCGCCUGUUUUGCACCACAACGAACUGUCCGUGAGGACGCUCUCAGGAAUUUCACCCAGCAGCUACAGAGGAUCUCCAAUGAUGCAGGCAUGCCUAUCGUCGGCCAGCCUUGUUUCUGUAAAUAUGCCACAGGGCCUGACCAAGUGGAACCAAUGUUUAGGUACCUGAAGAAUACUUACCAAGGAUUGCAGCUCAUUGUAGUCGUCUUACCUGGCAAAACGCCUGUCUAUGCUGAGGUGAAGCGAGUUGGAGACAUCCUGUUUGGACUUGCCACUCAAUGUGUACAAGCUAAGAAUGUGAACAAAACCACACCUCAAACUCUCUCCAAUCUGUGUCUCAAGAUCAAUGUUAAACUCGGUGGUAUCAACAAUAUUCUACUUCCCAGUAUCCGACCCAAUGUAUUCCGGGAGCCAGUCAUUUUCCUUGGAGCUGAUGUGACUCACCCUCCUGCCGGUGAUGCUAGUAAGCCCUCCAUUGCUGCAGUGGUAGGCAGUAUGGAUGCCCAUCCCAGUCGCUACUCUGCAACAGUAAGGGUACAACAACACAGACAAGAGAUAAUCCAAGAGCUCUCGACCAUGGUGCGAGAAUUACUCAUCCACUUCUACAAGGCCACACGAUUUAAGCCCACACGUAUCAUCUUCUACAGGGAUGGAGUCAGCGAAGGCCAGUUUGCACAGGUGCUUUCACAUGAAUUGCGAGCCGUGCGUGAGGCCUGUAUGAAGCUGGAGUUAGGUUAUCAACCGGGCAUAACAUUCAUCGUAGUUCAGAAGCGACAUCACACUCGCCUAUUUUGUGCAGACAGGAAGGACCAGAUUGGACGUAGCGGCAACAUUCCAGCCGGGACCACAGUCGAUGUUGGCAUCACUCACCCAACAGAGUUUGACUUUUAUUUAUGUAGCCAUGCAGGAAUACAGGGUACAAGCAGGCCUUCUCAUUACCAUGUGCUGUGGGAUGACAACCGUUUCCAGGCCGAUGAACUGCAGACACUGACCUAUCAGCUGUGUCACACCUAUGUGCGCUGCACUCGAAGUGUGUCUAUCCCUGCUCCAGCCUACUACGCUCAUCUAGUGGCAUUCAGGGCACGCUAUCAUCUCGUGGAGAAGGAACAUGACAGUGGAGAGGGAAGUCGUCACUCGGACAACAGUGAAGAUCGAACACCGACAGCUAUGGCACGGGCUGUCACGGUUCAUCCCGACACCACCAGGGUCAUGUACUUUGCCUAGUCACCCAACGACAAGAAGUGCCAGAAUUAACAGGAUUCCAGAGCUUUAAUUGCACUCCAUUCAAACUUAUGCAGCGAGACUAAUACAAGGUUUAUCCAAUACCAUGUUAUUUAUAACAAGAUAAUGCAAUUGAAGUAGGGCCACAAAGAUGUGUUGGUUUGACAAUUAUUUGUGUUGUUGUGACAGAUAAACAAUUAAUGUACAACGUUACUCUGUAUUGAGACUUGAGAAGCUAUCGUUCAUGUUGAAUGUUUCCUACGAAAGAAGCAACGGACAGAACUGUCAAUUGAUAUUACUUAUUUGAUCAGUGAAAGGUGCAGGCCUGAUGAACAGGUCUGACUUAAUAUAUGGUAGUUUUAACUUAAUCAUUUAUAUCACUUUCAGCAUUCCCUCUUUAUUCAUUAGCAGUACUUAAAAACUAUGCCACACUCCAUUAAAAUUUCUUUCCAUACUCAGCGAUGUAUCCCAGUGAAGAGGUUUGUGGUGGACAACAUGACCAGUUAUUUUUUAUUAUGGUAGAACUGUUUGUAAAGUUCAGAUCAUGUACAAGUCACCUUUGGGAAAGUUUUAUAGGGAACUUAUUUGUUCACUGUAGAUGUGAAAGGGUUUGGAAUUCUCAACCAAAUUUUGGAAUGCUUUAAGUGAAUUUUUUAUUUCUUUUUAAUAACUUAUCUCAACCAAGCGUAUUAAUUGUAUAAACCACGACAAACCCGAUGGUUUAGUUAGUCUGAGGUGUACAUUUGUGUGUGAUUCAUCAGAGCGUCGGUUAUUCCCAAAACUAUUUAUUGUCAUCCUGUUUGUAAAACAGAUGAUCGGGCUGUGAACAAGGAAGGUAGCAGGGAAGUAGUCCUACCAUGGUACCUCAUAUCCUGAAAAGGAGAAAUACAAAUCCAAUUAUGCCUCGCAAGAAUUUUCUACUAAAUUGAAAAUUAUGUAUUAUAAAUUUCUCUUGCAUUUUCUGUACCAUUAAUCAUAAUAUAUAUAUUUGCUUCUUUUACAAUACAAUCAGAGAGUGCCGCCAAAUGGUUGGAUUUCCCCCCUGCUUCCUUUCUUGAAGUUUUAUGAAGAUUUUUAUAUUUGCUUUUAUUGUAUAAUAGCACACAAACUAAAGAGAAUUAAUAGUCGUAUGUGCUGAUGUUGUUUAUGUGGCAAAUCUAUCGAUAUCCUGUAGUGAUGUUCUGGUGCUGACGACAAGCCAAAGUAGAAAUGAUUUCUACCUGAAGGAGUUUUACCUUUUUAGAAAUGAUUUCUCUGUUAAAGAGUUUUUACCAUUCUUUUGAUCAACUUUUUGAUAAAAAAAAAAAUCACAUUUGAGUCUUGUCAGAUAUGGAAAUUUCAAAGCAAUUGUUUUUGUGGGUCCAACUGUCCAUUGUCAUGAUGUGGUGAAAUAGCAUUGUUUGAUGUUGAAACAUUACAUGUGGUUAAAACAUGCAAAAUAGGAGGGUUGAUUUAGUCGCAAGUCAUUAUAACCUGGAGUACUGUGCAGGUUGAGAUAUUUAUUCCCAUCGUGCUAGUGAAACAUGUUGAUCAUUUUUCACCAACAUUUUAUUUGUUAUAAGAUUUUAUAUAAAACUGUUCCGUUGUGUUUGAAAAAUCAUGGCUUUCUGUGACCUCAGCUAUCCCUAUAGGGGUACAAACCGUCAAAUUAACCAUUACACCCAUGACACUAAUCAGAAUGUGAUUCGCUUCGAAGAUUGACACUGAAAUAUCGGAAAGUGAUUCAGGAGAAUAUUCAACAAUAUUCUACUGCUAGGUUGGAAAAGUUAGUUUCAAAAUCAUGUAUGUUAUACAAUUUUGAAACAAAAGUAAUGUUUACAAUUCUUUUUCAAACUGUUUAUUACUACCAUUUGCCAUUUAGACUCUUGUGUUAAUGAUCUUUUUUUCAAAUUCACAUAAUAUAUCAUUGAGCAUAAAAAACAGAUUUUGUACCGAGUCCCACCAAAUGGUUUAAAACCAGUCCUGCCUAUAUUGUAUCCACCAUGUAUACAAAGUAAACUUUAAACCAAGCAUGACCAUGAUAAUGAAUAAUAUUCCCUCGUGUCUUCCCAGACAUCAAGUCCCAUCUUUAGUCAAAUAUUAUGCAAUUACAUUCAAAACACUGGCUCAGUCUGUUCUUUUCAUUAUUAUUCAUUGAUAGAGGGUUAGAAAAUAUUCAUAUGAUGGUAUUUUUGCAAAUAUUUUAGUGCCAGUAAAAGAGUUUUUAAAUGAGCUCUGUAUGUAUACAUGUAUAUGAUAUGCUGAUUUUUUUUUCACGUUUGACCUUAUUUAUCCAUGAAUGACAAUAUAAAAGAAUGAAACCAAAUAAAUGUAAUAGUUUUAAUGUGACACAUAUAUCUCAAAAAUAAAGUUCAGCUCGGUUUUAAAUAAAGAAGAUACUGUCUGUAGUUUUCUCUUAGGUGAUGAUGAUAAAAUUAUUUGAUUUUUCUCUCUCUUUUCAUACUUACAAGAAAAAUGGUGAAAUCCGGUUAAUUUAUAAGCUAAUAUUACCCAAUGUGAAAUAUUACCCAAUCUGGGUAUUUUGUAUUGUUUAAAGAUUUUUGUAAUAAUUCAAUAGAAGUUGAAAUUUACAAGAAAGAAAACAAAAAAACAAUUAAACUUAGAAAAAGGUCUUUAACUUGAUUGAUGUGUUAUGAAUUUCAGGAUGUGAUGGAGUUUGUCAGUAUAGUUAGGUGGAUUUUUCAACCUAUUCCUGUUUGUCACAAUGAGAACAUCCUUAGUAGUUACCCAAAUAAGUUAUUUAAUACUCUUUGAAAAAAAAAAAUAUCUAGUCAACCAAAAUUGAGUAUAGGCAAUUAAGUCCAUUAUCUACAAACCAUGCCUUUUGAAAAAAAAUUAUGUGCCUGCUUAUUACACAAAAAAGUUCAAUAGAUUUUAAAUGAUAUUUUUUGUACAUAAAAUUAACUGAUCAGAUUGAAAAUAUCUUCCUAGAAGUAUAGUUUAUGACAAUAAUUGUAAAAUUGAUUUUUUUUAAAGGAAAUCAUUGUUGAAAUUAAUCAUAAUUGUGAUAAUGUUUUAAUUGAUAAAUGAUGCUUGUAAAUCUGACAGAUUUUUGUGUUCUCUCCAGAAUACUGCCCAAUUGUAUCUGUCUUGCAUUAUAUACAGAUGACCUUAUGACGAUAUUGAAGGAACCAACAUGAUUUUCUUCCUGGUUGUGUUUGCUUUAAAAGGAGUAUACAGACAAGACUGUUUUCUACAACUACGGGGUUGUCAAAGAAAUUUGCAAAGCUACCAAAGUGUCGCAAAUACACAGCUUGUUUCUGUUGAAAUAUUUAUGAUUGUAGGUCUGGCUUUUUUUGGAGGAUUAACAUUUUCUAUUAUUAGUGCCGGUUUUGUCUAUUGUAACAGUAAUUGAAGUAUUGCAAAACAUAACAAAAAUACAUUUUAUCUGUUGAAGUCAUGGUUGCAGCUCUUAUAUAGUUUUGUUAAAGUUUAUUUUCUCUCAACCAAACCCACCUAGUCUUGACACAAGGCUGAGAAAGCAUUCCUUGUUUUUUUUCUUGGUGAUAACAAAAUGAAAGUCCAGAGUAAUAAGUGCCAUUUGCGACUGUCGCGCUGAGAAAAGAUUUGUGACGAUCAUGUGGGUUAUAGUCCUUUGAUUUGUAACAGUUAUGUGGCUUAGUUCCGCAAUGUGUGCCGGUCAUGUGUACAGUAUAGAUUAUUAAUAUGAACUAGUCCUAUAUCACAACUAUGUUGUAAUAGUAGUCAAAUUAAUGUAUAAGCAAUUUGUGUGGAAAUUUUAUCGAUGCAAAAUGUCACAGCAUCAAAUUAAUGAUUUUUUUUUUUUUUUUUUUUAAAUAUUUUAAUUAUUGAUGCAAUUUGUAUUGGCCAAUCGGAGACUGUGAAAGUCUUAAACUGUGUUAGGUUUUAUGUGUGUGGAAUCGGUCUGCCAACAGUGGUGUUAUUUCUAAGUCUUUGUUUAGAGUGCAAUUUAAAUGUUCCAUUAUCAUAUCAAAAUGUUCGUGCUUUUAAAACAUUGGAGUCUAUUAAUGUUGAAGACAUAUCAAGAUACCCAGAUGAUGAUUUUGUUAAUAGCUCAAUUUCAUUUGUGUUUGAAGUUGUGGUAGCAUGGUAUCUGUUUGUCCCGUACAUGUGUCCUGGUGUGUGUCUGUGUGAGAUAGUGAGCAAGGCGUCCUUAUUAUAUAGUAGUCUGUUUAUUUUGUGGGUCACCUUGUGUUAUUUUUGUUCCACCCACCCUGGCCCCCUAUAUUGAGGACCUUUGUCACUCAGAAUUCCCUCAUCCACGUCAAAUUAUUUUGUUGAACAUAUAUGUGUAUGUACAUUAUGACCUUGUUGAUGUGUUAUUUAAACUUUUUUUUUUCGAAAUGUCACUUGAACUUUUUUGUAUAUAAACAUAAUUAGAGAAUAUUAUUACAUCUGAAAGAUGUAAUAUACAAUGUACAUAGGAAGGGAUAGAUAUUUUAUAUAAUUAGUCCUGCCAUGGGUCAUAUCUCUCGGCCUUGUUUUCUGGGUUGCCUAAGGUUCCCUGUAGGAUCGUGAUGGGAGAGAUAUGAUAGAAUCAUGUCACACUUAAACAAUAAUUGUCUAUGAAAUCUUAUUAAUAGUGUAGCUGGCAUUUGCCCAAGUCUUUUUAUGAUUUCUCACUCACUCGCUGCCUCUGUCAUUUGAAACUGUUCAUGAAGUAUUCAUAAGUUGGAUGACAAAAUCCCAAGUGACACUGUUCAUUUCAGAGGGUCAAAAUCUCGUGUUUAUUCUUUUUAGAAUGAAAUAACAUGAUAAAAUAAAUUCACAGCAUUUUGAAAUGAUCACUCUUGGAUCUGGUCUAUAAAACUGUAGAACACUUGAAUCUUUAGGAGAUAGAUCUGCAGCCAAACUACAGUAUAAUUUCCAACUUCCAUUAAGAAUUUCCUGUCACAUUAUUUCCCAAUUAGCUAUGUCUAGUUCUAAUGGAAUAUUUCUGUUAAUUUCGGAUAAAUGUUUUGUGAUGAAUCAUGACAGUUGUAUAUAAAUAAUAGGUUUUCCUCUCUUGCUAACGAGCACAGAUAAAGUUUUCUAGAAUGAGAAAGAUCUUUUCACCCUAGUCAAUUAAAAGGUAUUGUAAUGUUGAAGGAAUUGAACAUCUCUAUAAAAAUGUAUAUAACUGUUGCAAAGAAACCGAGACCACUUUGAACAAAUUGGGAGUUGAUAGUAAAAAAUUAACUGUCAUAUAAUCAAAUGCAGGAGAAACACAAUGCCAUCAAGAUAGAACAAAAAGGUCAGCCUUUGUGUACAAAAAAUCAGAUUUAAAUCAAAGGAUCUACUUAAAUAUUUGAAACUUGUGUAUUGCAGUUUCAAAUCAAAAUAUAUAUUAAAGGGAAAAAAAUAUUCUUGAAAGUAUUUCUUUAGGUUCUGGGAACAAAAACUGCCUUAAAGUUCAAAACUAUUUAUAGAACAAUAAUCUCACACAGCACAGAACACAAUAUUUACUACAAAGGCCACAAAGGUUGGAUGGGAUACCACUUGUAAUGAACGGGUAAAUAAUUGUGCCUAUCAGUAAGGUUGUUACACCAUGCUUUUCAACCUAGAUUUUAUAAUUUGAAAAAUAAUUUGUUAGGUUAAGGUUUUUAUUUUUCAUGAACAGUAAGUAGGGUUAGAUUUUUUUUAGCUUAGAUCUACCAGCCUCAAUAGAUUAUCCUGCACCAAAAUGAGUGCUCACAUUGUAAAUUAAAUCAGGAAUAUCUCUGUGGUAAGCUGUUUAGUAUAAUGUAUCGCUGUAUGCCUUGAACAUUGAAUGAUAUAGAAACAAAUCAAAGUGGAAUGUUAAUUAUCUGUUGUCUAGCAAUAUGUGUCUCAUACAAGUCUUGUUUGGGCAAAGCAAUACUCCACACAAAAAUAACGAAACAUUUCAGCAAUAUCGCGAGUAAUUUACAAUUUUUUGUUAUUGGCUAGAUGCUGUUGUGUUGGAAGAAUGCAAAUUGAGACUGGUCAUCACCAUGUACCACACAUUGUCUAGUUGAUUUUAUCCACUUUAUCAUUAAGUAAUUCAUGUUGUAUCAUACUUCCCCAAGUCUAGUUAAGUACUGUUGCUUUUUAAAGAGUCCUAUAAGUAUUUUAAAUUAAUAAAAUGAAAAAAAUGUAUAAUAAA